AUGGCGCCGUCCUGUGGUGUAUUUUUGUGGCCAGACAAGGACAAGCUCAACUGUCACUGUCAGUGUUGUUUUUUCACGUAAGAAGCGAAAAUGGCGAGGUUUCUGAGGCCUAACAUCAGAAGUUUUGUCACUUCACAGCUGAGAAUGUCAUCCGACCAGUUAGGUGAGCUGGGUAAAGGUGCAGGCAAAGGUGGUGGAGGCGGAGGGUCCAUCAGAGAGGCAGGUGGAGCUAUGGGAAAGAAGCAGGCUGCUGAGGAGGAGAUGUACUUCAAGCGUAAGGAGCAGGAGCAGCUGGCAGCACUGAAGCAGCACCACCAGGAGGAAAUUGAUCACCACAAAAAGGAGAUUGAACGUCUGCAGCGUGAGAUUGACCGCCACAAGGGAAAGAUCAGGAAGCUGAAGCACGACGACUGAGUGAAACCUUCCAAAAAAAAGACGGCUUUCUUCAUUUCUCUGAUUGCUGCAUGCACUAUGUCACCGGCCAGUCAUGAAUGUGUGGUUGAUGGUUGUUCUGUAAAUGCUUGAAAGUUAUUAAAAAAGCCACUGAAAUGAACUUUGGUUCCAUUGCAUGAUAGAAGUUGUACAACUUUUCCAACAUUUUCCCCUUUGCAUAGUUCAUCAGUGUGAUGUGUGUUGCUCACAAAAGGCCAAAGUCAACAGACCUAAAUAUAAGCAAUGCUUCAUAUGGCAGCAUCAGCUUUUUGUGUGAUGUAUAAAAACAUUUAUGGUAAUGUAAAUGGUAGUCUUCAUUAGUAGUCUUCACUGCUGUAUCGAUUAGUUGCUGCGCAGAAAAUUAAAUAAUUUUGAUAAUCAA